AUGGCGCCUAGAAGCCGUAGUUACAAAAUUUCAGCUACUCCUUCUACCAUUUUCGCCCAUUUGUUAGUGAUUGCAGUGGCAACACUUGUGCUUGUAUGGCUUCUGGAAAAAAGGAACGGUUUUGCAUUUAAUUCUGUUAACAAAUUCAAGAUUUUCAACUUGCAUCCAUUUUUCAUGAUAAUCGGAUAUAUAUUAAUUGGUGGAGAAGCUAUAAUGGCACACAAGACAAUCCCUGCCACAAGACGAGCUCAAAAGACAGUUCAUUUGUUGCUGCAUUUAGUAGCUCUUCUGUGUGGAAUUGUGGGAAUUUAUGUAGUUUUCAAGUUUCACAAUGAAGCAGGUCUUCCCAAUAUGUAUUCUUUACAUUCUUGGUUGGGCAUGGGCACCAUCUGCUUAUAUGGUUUACAGUGGCUGCUUGGUUUCUUCUCUUACGUGUUCCCGAGAGCAGAAACGUCAAGCAGAGCCUCGUUCUUGCCAUGGCAUGUUUUCUUCGGACUGGCGAUUUUCAUCUUAGCAAUAUGCGCAGCUGAGACUGGUCUGCUUGAGAAAUUCCUUUUCUUGGGCCUCUUUCGCAGCCAGGAAGCUCUUAUUGUCAAUUUCAUUGGCAUAUUGCUCAUUCUAUUUGCCAUAAGUGUUGGACUCACUGUUGUCCUUCCAAGAGUUCAUUAA